CCUAGUUCAGUGCUGAUUAAAACCUGGUUCACUCCUGGCUUAGACCUUGCUGAACAUGGCAUUCAGAGUGCUGGUCCUGACUAUCUGCUGUUUGGGGGCUCUGGCAGAGAACAGCUCAGCAGAACCUUGCAGUCUGCGCUUGGUGGGAGGACCCAGCCGCUGUGAGGGGGAACUGGAGCUUCAGAGAACAGGUUUGAAUUGGACUAGAGUGAGUUCAAGACACUUGACUGUUGAGUUUGGGGCCAGAGUGUGCUCGGAGCUGGACUGUGGCCCGGCUCUGUCUGUCGUGGAAAAAAUAAGUUCAAAAAGAGAAGUUGUGAAUGUUUCUCCUAACUGUGAUGAAACUUCACUGAUUGACUGUUUUCGGACUGAAACAUUUCUCUCAGACAACAGUCUGCAGCUCAAGUGUUCAGAGUCGGUGCGCCUGGUCUCAGGGUCCGGCGUGUGCUCAGGAUCAGUGCAGAUCUGGAACCAGUCCUGGACCUGGCUCUGUGAAGGGACCUUGGACCAGGUGGGGGCAGAGGUGCUGUGCAGGGAGCUGGGCUGUGAGGCUCCUUCUCGCUUCCAGGGGGCGCUCUCUCCUCUGAGGCAACCAUUCCACUGUGAGGGCCAUGAGUCUUCUUUGAUGGCCUGUCCCCACUCCGGCUCAGAGAACUGCUCCUCUGGAGCUGCUGUCAACCUCACCUGCUCAGGUCCAGUCAGACUAGUGGGAGGGGCCAGUCGCUGUGCUGGGACUCUGCAGGUGAGACACAGAGGAGAGUGGAGACGGGUGAUUGACCCCUGUCUCAGGAGCGUCUUUUCACAGCCUACACCAUGGGUCUUGUCUGUGAUGUCAUGUGAUGUGUCCACAGACUCAGUGCGCCUGGUCUCGGGGUCCGGCCUGUGCUCAGGAUCAGUGCAGAUCUGGGACCAGUCCUGGACCUGGCUCUGUGAAGGGGCCUUGGACCAGCUGGGGGCAGAGGUGCUGUGCAGGGAGCUAGACUGUGGGGCUCCUUUUCUCUUCCAGGGGGUGCUCUCUCCACUGGGGCAGACAUUCCACUGUGAGGGCCAUGAGUCUGCUCUGAUGGACUGUCCCCACUCCAGCUCAGAGACCUGCUCCUCUGGAGCCGCUGUCAACAUUACCUGCUCAGAGCCGCUCAGGUUGGUGGGAGGAGCUAAUAGAUGUGCUGGAACUCUAGAGGUGAGACACAGAGGAGAGUGGAGACGGAUGGUGCCCUAUCACCCCAGAGACCCCUGGAACCGGGAGGCUACAGCGGUUGUGUGCAGAGACCUGGACUGUGGCUCUGCUAUUUCUGAAGAUCUGAGAGAUGGUUUUCCACAGACUCUUGUGUGGGACAUCACAUCUGUGUGUGCGAGGAAGAGGAGGAAGAAGUUUGCAGUGAGAGAGUGCAUCUGGAAUAGAUCCUAUCCUACAGACGAGGGUUUUGAGGUGGUGUGCUCAGAGUCAGUGCGCCUGGUCUCGGGGUCCAGCCUGUGCUCAGGAUCAGUGCAGAUCUGGAACCAGUCAUGGACCGGGCUCUGUGAAGGGGCCUUGGACCAGCUCGGGGCAGAGGUGCUGUGCAGGGAGCUGGACUGUGGGGCUCCUUCUCUCUUCAAGGGGGCGCUCUCUCCUCUGAGGCAGACAUUCCACUGUGAGGGCAAUGAGUCUGCUCUGAUGGACUGUCCACACUCCAGCUCAGAGACUUGCUCUUCUGGAGCCACUGUCAACCUCACCUGCUCAGAGCCACUCAGGCUGGUGGGAGAGGCCAGUCGCUGUGCUGGGAUUGUGGAGGUGAGACACAGAGGAGAGUGGAGACGGAUGACAUAUGCCUAUGAGAACUGGAAUGUGCAGGCUGCAACGGCUGUGUGCAGAGACCUGGACUGUGACUCUGCUGUUUCUGGAUAUGGAACAUAUGGUCUUCCAGAAACUGUAGCUUGGGUCACAACACCUGACUGUGUAAAGCGAAAGCAGUCUGCAGUGAGAGAUUGUGUGGGGCAUGGUUUCUCUCCCUCAGCCUGGGGCCUGGUGGCUGUGUGUUCAGACUUACUGAAGCGUCCAGUCGUCUCCUUGACUGUUUCUGAUGGGGCCUCCGAGGCCCAGCCACAGGGGCUCCGAGUGCUGUUGGGGUCAAAGUUCAUGGUCAAAUGCUCUGUGGAGCCACAGUACCUAGGAGGCUCCUUCCAGCUCCUCUCUCCCACUAUGAACUACACCCUACCCGCUGUCAAUCACUCUGCACACUUCCUGUUCUCUGACACUGGCCCUACCCACAAAGGAAACUACACCUGUAUUUACCAUGUGCAGGUGUUCAAUCACAACUUCUCCUCUCAGAGCCCCAGCCUGCAGCUCUAUCUGGGAGCUUCAGACUCAGACCUGAUGAUUAGAGUCCUGCUCAUUCUACUACUGAAGCUCCUGUACAUCCUCCCAAUGUACUACUACUACUGCAAGACCAGAGCCAGAAUGGGUGCAAGAGAGAGGAUCUGAGUGGAUCUGGACUUCCACAUGAGACUUGGACUGGUUCAAUUCGUGUUCAUCCAUGUUGCUCAUGUAUGGAUGUCUUUUAUACAUUUGUUUAAAAAAGAUAAUUACAAUAAACUUGUUUCUCACUGAGCCGUGCAGAUGAGAUAAAGGAAAAAAAAGUCUGGUUGCCACAAGAUAAUAUCUUAGGAAAACGAGAUAACUGCUCUCCAGUUUAACACAUGGUUCUCACACUUACACAUGGUUCUGCAGUACAUUAUUGGCCACAUUUUGGGACACCUUUGACAGAAUUCUUCCAGCACUGGCUCACCACUGUACCUCACCCUUUCAACACAGACACAGGCCACAUGCUGGUAUAUCCAUAGCUGCACACAAUGAUCUCACAACUGUGCAUUAUAGUGCACUGGACACACAUAUUUCAACAGAUUGGCUCCUCUGUCAUGACAUUUAUUAAAGUUUAAUUAACUACAAAAAAAUAAAAACAUAGCAAAAGAAGAAUUCAAUUCUGUCUACUGGAUAAAUUUUACAGUGAAGACAUUUUCCACUCAUCCAAGAGGCUUCUUCAGUUGUGGUCAGACACUGGUGGACAUUGUCUUAUAUGUUCCUAAAGGGGGUCCGUUCACAUCCAGCCUUUGAUCUUUGCUUUUACUGCCCAGCUUAAUUAUCUCAUGGCCACAAGAUGUUAAUUUUCAACUGUAUUCUUCUUCUUCUCCUUUUCUUUUCUUUAUUUCUUUUUUUUAAUUUUUUUGUAUUUCUUAAUGG